GUCGAGGGUCAAGAACCGUCAGCUUGGCCGGCACCACUAGCCUCUGCAAUCAUGACGGAACAGCAGCUGGAGAUCGAAGGUAAUGGCGCAGUCGGUGAUGCAGCCGCGGCAACGAACAGCUACACGCCAGAGGCCCAAGUUGGCUUCCACCACCCGAGGAACUUGUCCCAUGUCGCACGGCGAAAGGCCGGCGAUGAGCUGCGGCGCUCAGAGCACGAAAGGGACAAAGCGCACUUCCUUCGAGAGCAGGUAAAGCAGCACCAUGCCCAUCUCAACGUCAAAGCAGGCGGAAAGAUUGUCAUUCCGCAGAAAAAGUGGUACAGGCAGAGGGCCCAUGCCAAUCCUUUUAGCGACCACAUGCUCACGUACCCCGCACAUCCAGCGGCGAUGGACUGGUCCGAGCACUUUCCCGACUUUCUGUUGCCGCCACACUCCCCAGAGACAAACCCCUCACAGCCUCCGCGCCUGUCCCAGCCGGUUUGCUUUGCCGACAUUGGAUGCGGCUUUGGCGGCCUCCUGAUGGACCUGGCCCCUCUCUUUCCAGACACGCUCAUGGUCGGCAUGGAGAUCCGGCAGCAGGUGGCAGACUAUGUCGUUCACAAGGUCAGGGCACUCCGCCUGGCGGCGCGCAGUGAGCAUGUGCCUGAGGCACACCCCACCGAUUCCGACGCAUCUGCAGCGCCUCUUGAGCUCUCGAGUGAAGAGGACCAAAGGAAAGGCAGCAAGCGUGAGAGAAGCGACGCGGCCGCACCCUCAGGGAAAGUUUCCGGGGCGCGGAAAGCGACCAAACGAGCCAAAGGCGGCACACCCGCCAGCAGCAUCAACCAAGACGAAGCGCCGGAGGGAGGAGGAGAAGACGACGAGAACGAGCGCACAGCCAACGAGGCGCUCGUACGUGGUGCUUCGGAUGUGCCUGGCGGGUACAAGAAUGUCAGCGCGCUCCGUGCAAACUGCAUGAAGUUCUUGCCAAACUUUUUUCACAAGGCGCAGCUCACAAAGAUGUUCUUUCUGUUUCCUGACCCGCACUUCAAAGCGCGCAAGCACAAGGCGCGCAUCGUCUCACCCACUUUGCUCGCCGAAUAUGCGUACGUGCUUGCUCCGGGUGGGAUCCUCUACACGAUCACCGAUGUCGAGGAUCUGCACAGAUGGAUGGUCUCGCACCUGGAUGCGUUCCCCCUGUUCGAGCGUAUGGACAACGACGGGCAGGAGCUGCAGCAGGACCCGUGUGUCCCCAUCAUCCGGGAUAGCACAGAGGAAGGAAAGAAGGUUGCGCGCAACGGCGGCAGGAAGUUCUUUGCGGCGUUCAAGCGGAGGGAGGACCCGCCAUAUGGCGAGGAAGUUGAGCCACGCGUCUCGGAAUACGCUUCAUAGCUGUUUUGAUGAAUACAUUUUGUACAACAUCAAAGGACAAGCUGAUGGAUUAA